AUGUUUCAAGUCAGAAAAAAUCUUACGAUCCGGGAUCAAACUUCCAGAGGGGAACGUGCUGUAAACACAGCGCUAAUAAGACGAGCAAUUGAACAGCUCAAUGAAGAUAAUGACGUAUUGAGAUGUCUUAGAAGCAUGGGUCAAGCCAAUGCUGAUUACUUAAGACGCCAAAUCGGUCCACCUCCAUCACCAUAG